AUGCCCUGUAACUAUCGCAGUUCGCCGCCAUGGGCGCGCUUGUCUCACCCCCGCAGCCGCGCGCGCUGCUUCCGCUUGUUGGCUUGCGCCACUCGAGCACCCCCAUCCGCGCGGAAAGGCGCGCAGAGGGCGGAAGGUCUGGCGGGAGGGGAGGGCGCGCAGCGUCUGGGGAGGGGGGAACUCGGGGCGGAAGGGUUGGAGGGCGGGGCAGGGGAAACGCGGAUAGCGGAAGGGGCAGAGGGCGGGGCGGGGGGAAUGCGAUCGGAGCGGAAUCUGAUCCGCGGGAGAGCGGAAACAGGCGGGAUUCGGUUGGUAGGGGAGGCGGCGGAACAGCGAAUCUGCCACGUCAGCAGCCCGGGCGAGGACGUGGACAGGGACCACGUGGCAGCAGGCGUGACGUGGAGGGCACAGGUCUUGCAGCCGGGUGUGAGAGGGGGGCGGGGCGGAGGAGGAGGGGAGGACGCAGAUUUGCUGAGCGCGUAUGAGGGGGAUGAGUCGAAGAAAGUGUGGAAGGCAGAAAGACAGAUGCAGAGACAGGCAGAGCAGGAGAGCGCAGAGCAGAACCACAUGUGCGCUCGCUACGAGAAAGCUCUCGAUUCCUUCCUCUCCUGCUCCUCGCCCCCUCCCCAUCUCUCCUCAUCAACAGAGCAGGAGAGCGCAGAGCAGAACCACAUGUGCGCUCGCUACGAGAAGGCUCUCGACUCCUUCGUCUCCACACCAACCACACCGGCAUUGGAGCCAGCAGCGGCUGUGGAGCCGGACCUGCUGUUUGUGUUUGCACGCAAGAAGCAGACGCCUCUCGAUUCAGAUGCAACAGCUCGCCCAAAAUCCCGACCCCCUUGGCUGCAGUGGACGCUCGUCGCUCAACUCGCCCUCCCCCCUCUCACCCUCACCACUGCCCUUCACGAAAUCCGAGCCGCUGCUACAGACACAGCUACUGAUUCUGCGGACAACCCUGCUGCUAUACACGAUGCUGGGAGCACAGCUGGCGCUGCUGGUGAGGUCAACACGGGUCGAGCCGCAACUGGAGCAGCUAUUGCCACCGGCUCCGCUUCAUCUGAUUCACCUGCUGCUGCUGCUGCUGCUGCUGUUGCUUCAGACUCAGCAGGAGUCUGGUUUUCAAGCCAGAAAAUGGAUGAGCACGUGCAGAGGUGGCUGAUGGGACGGAUACCCAAGAGAGCGUGGAGUGACGUGGCUCAGUGCGUUGCCUGGUAUCGACCAGACUUGAUAUUCACAAGGCACCCUUCUUUUGAG